CCUGGAUGUUGGUCCAUGCUCAAGGGAGGUCUUACUGUGAAUGCCUCCGGACCGGCUGAACUUCAUUUCGAGAGUGAAAACACAAGUGUGGAGAUAUGGGUGGACAGCGUGUCAUUGCAACCAUUCACCAAAGAAGAAUGGAGAACUCAUCAGACCAAGAGCAUCGAGAAGGCCCGCAAGAAGACGGUAAGGUUCCGGGCUGUCGAUGCCCAAGGCACCAGCCUCGCUGGUGCAACCGUCUCGCUCGCGCAGAAAAGGCCAGGAUUCCCAUUCGGUUGCGCCAUUCCCGGUAGCAUCGUCAACAACACCCAAUACCAGAACUGGUUCGCCUCACGCUUCACCGUGACCGUCUUCGAGAACGAGAUGAAAUGGUACUCCACGGAGCGCGCCCCCGGCCAGGAGGACUACUCCGUUCCGGAUGCCAUGGUCGCCUUCGCGAAGCAGCACAACAUUACCAUCAGAGGGCACAAUGUCUUCUGGGACGAUCCCAAGUACCAGAUGGACUGGGUGCGGGCCCUCGACUACGACCAGCUCUGGAACGCAUCUAAUAGGCGAAUUAAUUCUGUUAUGUCGAGAUACCGUGGCCAACUCAUUGCAUGGGAUGUUGUCAAUGAGGACCUUCAUUUCUCCUCCUUUGAGGACAGGCUUGGGAAAAAUGCCUCUAACAUCUUCCACCAGAAGGCUCACUCUCUGGGCUCCAACACACUCAUGUUCCUGAAUGACUACAAUACACUGGAACAGCCUGGAGACCCGACGUCGACACCUGGCAAGUACCUUGAGAAGCUGCGGGAGGUCAAGUCGUACCCUGGGAAUGAUUAUAAUAUGGCAAUAGGACUGGAGGGCCACUUCAGCGCACCAAAUAUUCCAUACAUGAGAUCUGCUCUGGAUGUUCUUGCCGGGGCCAAGGUGCCCAUUUGGCUCACAGAAGUUGAUGUUACCCAAGACCCAAAUCACGCAAAUUACCUUGAGGAAAUCUUGAGGGAGGCUUACUCACAUCCGGCUGUGAACGGGAUCGUAUUGUGGGCAGGAUGGCACCCAGAGAGUUGCAAUAGAAUGUGCCUAACAGACAACAAUUUCAAUAACCAUCCAACCGGAGAUGUGGUAGACAAGCUGAUAGCAGAGUGGAGGUCUGGUAAUGUGACGGGGAAGACUGAUGCUGAUGGCUUCUUUGAGACCCAGCUCUUCCACGGGGAGUAUGAAAUGAGCAUAAGCGAUCCAACUGCAAAUUCUUCAUCAGUGCAAAGCUUGAAAGUGGAAUCAGGGUCUCCGCAUGGAGCUGUCAUCCGGGUACAGGUGUAA